AUGCCCCCUACAAAGAAGGGCCGGCCCCCGCAGCUCACUCUCGAGCUCAGCGCCGUCAAGCGGCCAGGACAGAGCAAUACCAUCAUUGAGCUCGAGACACCCGUUGAGUUCCCCGUCGACCUCGAUGACGAGGAUUUGCUCCAGCUUUCGCCACCGUCCUCUGGCUCCUCAGACUCUCCCGUCAACUAUCCUCCUCAUCUAGAGGUGGACCCGGAUGCAAAUUCGGAUGACAUUUCCAAGGAUUUUGAGGCACUGGAACGCUUGCGCCGGAGCGUCCGCCAAAACCUCCGUCUACGACCCCUCCGUUCAGCCUCGUCGUCCGUGCGUAGUUCCGCGUCGUCGUCUUUGCAUACGAAGCUGUCCUCGCCUCCCUACACUCCUUGGUCGGAUGCGUCCGAGCGUCGAUCCCCCAGCCCUACCGAUAGCAUAAGCCCCGCGAGUGUCUAUUUUACCCCCAUCUCCGAGCUUCGAGCUACUCCUUUGAGUGCAUUCCACGUAGAUGGUGACAGAUGGAGGCUCUCCGCUAUUGAGGCGUCUCAUUCGCAACCUUUACAAGGACUUGAUCCUGCUGUGCUUGUUGCUCGUCUCUCCGCCCCAGCUCGCCCUUUGCUGAUUGACACACGACAAGUUGGGUCAUAUUUGGCGAGUCGCUUGGAAAGAAGUAUCAACAUGGCCAUUCCAUCCCUCAUCUUGAAGAGAUGUCGCAAACCUAAUGGCGGAUUUCAGGAUUUAGACGCCCUGCGCCAGUACAUCACGACGGAAGAUGGAAAACAUAUUUGGGAUGACAUGCUUAGCAGUGGGGAUUGGGAUGGUGACGUGAUUGUAUACGAUGAAAUUAUGGACCCGAAAGACAGAUCAAACACACAGGUGACGGCAUGGGCCUUAUUACCCGUCGUCCACCCCCUCCUAGAUCAUGGCGGUGCAGACUAUCUCGAGGGCGGUUUCGCGGCCGCACGGCGGCAUCCAUACUUGAAGCAAUUGAUCGUUUCAGAUGAAAUGCCAGACAACAUGUCCCGGGAGGACGACUCUGUUCAAAAUAAAAAGACCGGCGGGCUGUUCCAGCUCGAUAUAACCUCAGCAGGUCGUCCAAGGAACUUACCCGAGGUAGAACAUCCCCUCGUCUCUCCAGCACCUAUCAUGCCGUCCGCAAUUCAUUCAUGGCACGUUAGUGGUGAUUAUGCUACUCCCUCUCCUCCUCCAUCUCAGACGGGAUUUUCUCGUCCUCCCCCGCCACGGAGACCAAGUAUUCCAACACUCGGACGAAUUGAUACCUCCUCUACGGAACGUCUAAACGCUGGAAUGCCUAAACUGCAAGUCCGCACGGCACCAACGAAGGCGGCCGCACUCUCUGCACCCCUUUUGCACACUAGUAAUUCUUCCUCACUUCACCCUCCACCAUCCUCAUCUCAUCUCUCCCUGAAUUUCCCAAACUAUUCACCACCAGGUUCUGUGGGUCUACUGUCUCCUGGUCUAAAGUCUCCAAGCGACUUUUAUCCUCCACCCUCUCCAUCUGUUGCGAAUUACAGCAUGCCGCACACUCCGACUACGCCAAUGCCUCGCUCAUCAUCAACUGCGCGCCCUGAUUCAUCACAACCGCCUACAACCGAAGAGGACCCGUACCCCAUAUUUACCGUCUCCACUAUACUCCCGAAUUUCCUGUUUCUAGGUCCUGAACUCACCGCGGAUGAACAUGUCGAGGAGCUUCUAUCGCUAGGCGUUAAGAGAAUCUUGAAUCUUGCUGCUGAAUGUGAUGACGACCAUGGAUUGUGUCUCCGCGAGAAGUUCGAGCGAUACGUCCGAAUACCUAUGCGAGAUACUGUCGAAGAGGAUAAUAUUACGCGGGGGGUCCGGGAUGUCUGUGACUUACUAGGUAUCUGCAAGUUAUUCCCAUGUGGCUCCAUAUCUUACCUGAUAUCGUUCGCAGAUGAUGCGCGCCUGCACUCGGCUCCAACAUACGUCCACUGUAAAGCGGGAAAGUCACGCUCUGUGACAGCCGUUAUGGCAUAUCUCAUACAUGCCAAUCACUGGACACUGUCGAAAGCGUAUGCAUUUGUCCUUGAGCGACGGAAAGGCAUAUCGCCCAACAUUGGCUUUGUCUCUGAGCUCAUGUCAUUCGAGGAGCAGGAGCUAGGCGGUAAGUCUGUAGGGGUUGUAAAAUCCGCGCCGGGCGGCGACCAGGAGAGCGAGGAAGGCGUCUCUGCGGGGUCUAAUAGCGGCUCCAACUAUCAGGUGGCUGCGCGAGGGAGACGCCCUCAGCAUUCCCGGGAAAGUCUUCCGCCCCUGCUGACGCGAGAACAUUCUUUCAACAUUGUUUCUGCGCCGACCGCGGAGGACACUGCCGCACUAGGCGAUUUUGGGCAGGAAAUGGAGAUCAAAGACGCGACAGGUCGUUACCGGCAUGUUCGCAGGGCACCGGUCGAUGAAGCGACGUUACAGCCUAUGCGACGUGUCAGCAAAGCGGGAUUGGAGAGUUCUGCAUAUGCAUAG